UGCUUGUGUUUUGUUAUGAUUUUAUCAGGCGAAUGUUUUCGUGCUCACCAGCUGAUUGUUUCGUGUGCAAAUUGUAGAUUUUAUUCGAUUUUGGUGCAUAAUAUACAUUAUUUAGUACGAAAAAACAAAGUGUUGGUGCUAUUGCAAGCGAGCUUAAAAUUAGUUUAGUGUUGUUAUUUAAAAACAAGCAAAGUUUAUUACCGAACGAUAUUUGCUGGUGAAUCAUUGCUGUAGACCUAUCAUGCUUCAAACCCACUGACAUCGGUACCGUACAGUCAAACGGCUGACCAUCCCUUCCUCAUCGUGAGCGGUCGAUAAGUCAGCUGAGCCUUUAGUAGCGGUACGGUACCGUCGAGAAUCAGGAGUGGUGGAUCGUCGUGUAUCAAUCCGAAGCACCAACGCUCAGCAGCAUCACAUCACAUCUGUCCGCCCGUGAAGCGCACUGGUAUUUCCCAGUCGCUUUCGCUCCAGUCACCGCACAACAUUGCUCGGGUGAACAUCGCUGGACCUCGUUCGUCCGCCUUUUUCCGCAUACAGUGGUGGAAAGACAAUUAUUUAGCCCGCAGUGAAAUGAUUUCGGUGAAUGAAAUGUGUUAGUGAUUCUAAAAGAAAGGAAGAUAUUUAAAAUAGCAUAAAUCCUACGGAAAAGUCCCUAACCGAUGUGGAAAGUGAAGUGAUGAUUUCACACUCUUGCAGACAACGCGACUGCCUGCCUGUUCGUUGAUUAGGUCGACUGUUUGUACAAUUUCAUGGGUCUCAAAACAAACUGAUAGAAGCUACUACUGUUCAUGUUUAUUAUAUCUUCCUGUGUGCUUACCAUUAAGCUGAUAGUGAACUGAUUAGAUGCGAUUUUCAAGGUAGUGGUGGCAUAAAAAAGUGUAUCAGUGCAUUCGUAAGCGUUUGUGAGUAGUGGGAAAUAUAGUGUGUUGGAAGUGAUUCGUUUCCUGGUACCGAUUACGAUCGUUCGACUGCGUUUAUUUAGUGUUUUUUGCCGGUACAGUACACUAGUGGGUGCCUGCCACUUUGUGUGCAACGUGAGUGAUCCGAUUGAUUGACCGCAUAUUUACUUCAUCACACCAGUACCGGAAGUGAAUCGAACGCCUUGAAGGAAGCUGUUCCGUGACUUUUUUCACGCGAUAUUUAUAUUUGCCUAUCAACACCCAGACACGCAAGUGGUAUAACGGGUGCACAUCAUGGUGCUGGUACUGAACGGUGUGAUACAGGAUGAGCGUCCCAUCAACACCCAUGCACUGUUUCUGGAGCAUCCCGUCUACCGUGAAACGGCCACACAGCUUCUCUCCAUACCAACAAAAACGGUCGGUGCUCCGGGAUUGCUGUACGUUUGUCAGCGCGAAAUGGCCGCAGUAGCACCACACGAUCGAAACGUCAACAUUAUUGGAUCAGAUGAUGCAACCACAUGCAUUAUCGUAGUCGUACGACACUCAGGAUCUGGAGCGAUCGCAUUGGCACAUCUGGACGGUAACGGUACGGACGAAGCCGUAUCGGCAAUGGUGGCCCGCGUACAGGAACUUGCAUUUGGCUAUCCCGAAGGGCGCAUCGAGCUACAGCUUAUUGGAGGGUUUAGCGAUCCGCAAGGCUAUGCGGAAGAUCUCUUCAGUAACAUUAUGCAAUCAUUCCACAAGCAUCCACUGGAGAUUGACCUGACACAGUCAUGCGUCGGCGAGCUGAACACAAUCGUGCGCGAUGACGUCAACUGGCCGAUCAUAUACGGUGUCGGCGUGAACAUCAAGACGGGUGAAAUCUUUCCCGCCACCUUCCCGGACAAGGGUCCGGAUCUGCCGCUACGAAUGGCACGACACUUUACUGGUAGCCAUCAGGUGCUAGACAUAUACGAUGCAGCGGUAGGCAUGUUACGGAUCGGACCAUUCAAUUACGAUCCAUUGCGAGGCGUUGAUCUUUGGUUGGCGCAAAGUGAUGAAUUUAUACUAAAGCAUCUUUCCACCAGUCCGGACGUGGAACCGCCACACUUUGCCAUGCAAGUCCGUGCCACACUUAGAUACAUACAGGACAAUCAAUUUCCGGCAGUUACAGUGUUUCGCAACAACAAUCCACACUACUUUCGGCGGGACGAAACGACAGGCUGCUGGGCGCCGGUUCGAUAUUGAGCUCGGGCGUUACAAUCUGUUUCGACUUUAAACAUUAAAUCAGUAAACAAACCUACACUGUUGCAUCCUAGAGAUGAGUGAAUUACAAUCCACAGACCUUGUAGAUCGAUUUCUGACCAUCCCAGUGAAAGGGCUCCCAAAAACAAAAAGGGAUUGUAAAAAGAAGGAAUAACAAAUCUUUCCCUCGCUCUUGCUCGCUACCCAUAUUUAUCAACAAACUAUCGUGCCAAUACCGUGCAGUGGUGGCUAUCAUCGUUAGUUUCCAGUGCUAUGCUAACAAUUUGUUACGUUACGUUUACUGAACUUUCUUUUGGAUUUGGAUAAAUAAUUUUAGUGCCUUUUUAUUUGUUCUGUAGCUUACGUAUCGCUCCUGGCUCGCGCAUCGUUAGGAGAUAAAUUAGCGAACAAGCAGCUGUAUGCGAAAGAGCUGUGUGCUUUCGUAAAUGCAAUUGAUCUAUCUUUUCUCUACUCCCCCUGAAAACGAUAUCGAUUGUUAGUGUACUGUACAAGACUCAAUAAUACAUUCGUACACAGAUAAAUGCUAUAUAUAUACGAUUGCCCUUGCUCGGUAUUGAACACUAUUUGCGCAGUGAUUGCAAAGCUAUUUAACAAACAAUAAAUGAAUUUAAGUAUGUUUCUUUGGA